CGUCCGAGGCCCCGGCCCCCGCCCCCGCCCGGGAGCCGCGAGAUCCGGUUCCCGUGCCUCCCCCGGGAGCCCCGAGCCGGGGCCGGGCUGGGGAGCCGGGAGCCACCCCCGCCAGCAGGGCUCGGGCCGGGGGAGGCACGGCCGGGCGCCCUCGAGAGGGGCCGGGCGGGGACGCGGCAUUCCUCAAGUCCGCUCGGCGGGGCCAGGAGGUGGCCGGGAGCGCGGCGGGGAGCCCGCGCGACCCGCCGGCCGGGGGAAGCCGGCAACCUGGAGCCCCUGCGGGACGGGGUCCCGGGGAUCCCGGCGGAAAGAGCCCCGCGCGAAAGUCGGGGAGAGCGAGUCCGAGGCGGGGAGCGGGCUUGCGGGAGGGGGACGCGGCGCGCGGGGAGGAGGGGGCCGCGGAGGAAGAGGGGAGAAGGGCGGGGAGCCCGAGGCCGGGCCGGCGGGAGGCGAGGGGGAGGCCGACACCUCGGGCCCGCCGCGCUCCCUCCCCGGCCCGCCGGGAGGGGAGGGCGGGAAGGAGGGCGGGCGAGAGGAGGGGAGGGCGGAGGGCAGAGCCGAGCCUGGCUGGGCCGGGCCGGGCCGGGCUGCGGGACCCGCGGCUUCCUCGCUGCGCGCCGCGCGGCCGGAGCCCACCAUGCUGCCCGCGGCCGGGGAGCCGGCGGCAGGGGACUCGUGGGGGCUGCUAGCCUGCCUGUGCACUGUGCUCUGGCACCUCCCCGCAGUGCCAGCCCUCAACCGCACAGGGGACCCGGGGCCUGGUCCCUCCAUCCAGAAAACCUAUGACCUCACCCGCUACCUGGAGCACCAACUCCGCAGCUUGGCUGGGACCUACCUGAACUACCUGGGCCCCCCUUUCAACGAGCCUGACUUCAACCCGCCUCGCCUGGGGGCAGAGACCCUGCCCAGGGCCACUGUCAACCUGGACGUGUGGCGGAGCCUCAACGACAAACUGCGGCUGACCCAGAACUAUGAGGCCUACAGCCACCUGCUGUGCUACCUGCGAGGCCUCAACCGCCAGGCCGCCACGGCCGAGCUGCGCCGCAGCCUGGCCCACUUCUGCACCAGCCUCCAGGGCCUGCUGGGCAGCAUCGCGGGCGUCAUGGCGGCCCUGGGCUACCCGCUGCCCCAGCCUCUGCCGGGCACUGAGCCCACCUGGGCCCCUGGCCCUGCCCACAGCGACUUCCUCCAGAAGAUGGACGACUUCUGGCUGCUAAAGGAGCUGCAGACUUGGCUGUGGCGUUCAGCCAAGGACUUCAACCGGCUCAAGAAGAAGAUGCAGCCUCCUGCGGCGGCGGUCACCCUGCACCUGGAGGCCCACGGCUUCUGACCUCUCACCUUGCCCACCUCCCCUCUCGCCUCCUCCUUUAAGCCCUGCUCCCGCUCGGGGAGGGAGAAACCUGUGCACCAACCCUUGCUGAGCCAGGAGACAGAAGCCAGGAGGCUCUGGCCCUCUCCGGACUUGGAAGGGGGUGCGAUGCAGUAAGGCCUGUCCCC